AUGGCCGCCAAAUUCCUGCCGCAGCGACAUCCACGGAAUCCCCGCGCCCGACGGAUGCUCCUGCUGCUCCCAGCGUCCGUGUCGCACAACUGCCCCUGCUUUCUUCGACUGUCGCAGAUAGGCCGCGACCAGGACGAGAUGGCGGCCAAGUUCUCGCCACCACCGGAUGCAGCGACCUUCCCCGCGCCCAACGGCCCUGCCCGGAGGGCGCCGCACAUCGCCAUCUUUUUUACUGCUCUGCUUUCGAUCCUGGGAGCCUGCACGCUAAGGUGUCCUCCGCUCUCCGACGCCACCCGCGCGCUCGCGGCCUCCGCUCUCCUCCGCCACGGCCGCCUCCCCGACGCGCUCGCGCACUUCGGCCUCCUCCCGGGCUCCGCCCCGCUCCCCGCGGCGCUCUGCAACUCCCUGCUCGCCGCGCUAGCGUCCACCGGGUCACUCGCCGCCGCGCGCAAGGUGUUCGACAGAAUGCUGGUUACCGCCACUGAGCUGGACACUGUCGGCUUCGGGGUGUUCGUCAAGAACGUGGGCAGGAGGGACGGGUUGGACGAGGUCCUGCGGCUGGUGGACGCGGUGCACCAUCAGGGGGACUCGAUCAUCAACAGGUCUCUUGUCGCAGCGAUGGUCGUCGAUGGUUUGUGUCGGGAGGGGAGGAUAGAGGAUGCUUGGCGGGCUUUGGAGGAUAUGAGGUUACGCGGAUGGAAGCCCGAUUUUGUAGCGUACAGGAUCGUGUCUGAGGGGUUUAGGAUAGCGGAAAGGGCAGACGAGGAAGGGAGGAUCUUGAAGCAGAAGAGGAAGCUCGGUGUUGCCCCAAGGAAGGUGGACUACAGAGAGCUUUUGCUUGCGUUGGUGUCCAACAGGCAGAUCUCUGAGGCGAAGGAGAUGGCGGAGGCCAUUGUAUCAGGCGAUUUCCCCAUUGAUGACGAUGUGUUGAAUGUCCUCGUCUGUUCGGUGUCUGAGAUUGAUGCUGAUGCUGCCAUUAUGUUCUGCAAGUUCAUGAUAGGGCAGGGGAGAUUGCCAAGUACCGAGGUGCUUGUACAGCUUUGCGAGAGCCUUUGCAGGAAUAAGAAGGGUGAUGAGAUGUGGGAAAUGUUUAAGGUGCUUUUGGAUAGGGGGUGUUGGACGAGUGAGAAGGACUACCAUCUGGUGGUGUCAUUCUUGGGCAAGGCAGGAAAGGUGAGAGAGGCAUAUGAUGUGAUCAAGGAGAUAAAAAGAAAGAGGCUAGAUCCUGGCAUUUCGUCAUACAAUUCUCUCAUGGUAACACUCUGUAGAAAUGACCUCCUUAGACCAGCUAAGAAGUUGUGGGAUGAGAUGUUCACCAGUGGGUGUAGUCCAAAUCUGCAGACCUACAAUAUACUUAUAACAAAAUUUGCAGAGAUUGGUGAAACUGGAGAAGUCCAGCAGCUGUUUGAUCACAUGCUCCAGAAAGGAGUGGCCCCAGAUGGUGCAACAUACACUUCAGUCAUUACUAUGCUGUGCCAAGAAAACAAAUAUGAACAGGCUGAGGAAAUCUUCAACAAGUCUGUAGUGCAGGAUCCUAAACUAGCUAGUUCAGUGCUAACUGUACUUAUCCUUGCACUCUGUAAACAAGGUAGCUUUAAAGCAGCAUUGAAUGUAAUGUUCAGUGUUCCAUCCAAUAUUGAGAGCUCGAAUUCACAUGUCAUUUUGUUGAAGUUCCUAACAGAUGCCGAGGAAAUAGAAAUGGCCCUUGAACACAUAAAAUGGAUUAAGCGCUGCUGCAGCUCUACGUUUAAGGGCAUAAUGAACGAACUAAUGGCUUCUCUUUCGACUUCUGCUAGUCUUCAACCUGUCACAAAGUUGGUUCGCUAUUUACAUUCUCAGGGGCUUGUUGACGAAGUUGGCCCAUGGAUGAAGAUGAUAGAGAAUGUUUAUGCUUGAAUAACAACUUCAACGGUUACCAUAUCAUGACAUCAUAUCAGUUAUCCAUUUUGCAUAUCAGGCCAGAAGUGUCUGGGAUCAUUGGAGGUUUUGUGCUGCUGCUCUAUGUCUAUGCUCCUAUUCCAACAGAAACCUAGAAACCU